AGGGCAGAGGAAAGGUGCUAGGAAAGAUGAGGGGGCUAUGACAGAGGAGAGGGGCUAUUACAUAGGCGAGGCCUAGGACAUAGGAGAGGUGCUAGGAAAGAGAAGGGGGGGGGGGGUGCUAGGACUGUGGAAAGGUGCCCUAGGCCAGGGGUCUCAUGGGGUACCAACCACCACACAUUUUGAAGAGAAAAAUAAAUGCUUUCAAAUGAACGUGGGAUAAUGAAAAUGUCUUUCAGUAUAAUGUUCAGUGUUUCUUUGACAGCCCUUCAGAGCGCAUGGAAGACAGCUCUUCUCAUUCUGUCUGCAGGAGUGUUUGAGUUACGAAUGCUGGAUCCAACAUGCCGCCGUGUGUCUCCUACAGAACCCGAGCCUCCAGAGGUUUCUCCAUCGGCUCUCUCACUCUUGGUCCGAGACGCAACCAUGGCCGGCCGCCUAGCCUUCCAGACCCAGCUGGCCUCCAUCAUGGAGGUGCUGGCGAACGCCGCGGUGGCGGAGAUCUGUAAACUGGUGGACGACGACUACGCGGUGGUGAGCCUGCAGAUGUCUCAGUGCCAGAGAGAGAACAAGGCGCUGAAGAGGAAGCUCAACCUGAUGGAGCUCAAGAUGGCCCGCGGCUUCGCCGAGCGGAGGCUGCGGGACAGCACCGCCAGUAUCGGCCGAACCAGGGUGCACGUCGGCUCCAACGACCGCUUCAGAUCCUCUUCGGCAGCCUCUGGUGUGGUGUUUGGGGGGCAGAUGGACAUGGUUCCUUGGCCAGGCGGAGUGGUGAGAGAGACCACCACCUGCGACCUCCAGCAGGACACGUCUGCGGACGUAGAGCUGGUUGAAACAGAGUUGGUGAAGCAGGAGAAGAUGGAGGAGACAGAAGAGGAGGUGCAGCUCAUCAGAGCUGAUGGUCAGAUGGAGAGAGGACCUGGGGGAGGCCGGGUCCAGCGGAGCAGCCGCCCUCAGCAGGAGGUCCAGGCCGCCUAUCACCACAAUGAGUGUCCGGACCCCGCCCCAUCGGCCAGCACCAGAGGAGUGGAGAAGGAGGAGGAGCCUGACAUGACGCUGGUGAAGCAGGAGGCGGGGCUAGAGUCUCCAGACCACUCCAACCCCACAAUCAUCAUACAAGACGUCUCGGUCGGGCUACCAUUGGACAACACCAACAAAGCCACCAGCCAACCGGUCCAGGAACUCCAGGAAUGUUGGCAGGGCUUCUCACAGACCCCUGCUGACCCCCAGGCCAAGCCUUCAGAAGAGCCCUGCACUACUAUCCCUGUCCAUGCGGGGGCCACAGACACCAACACGCAGUCCAAGGACUCCACCUCCCAGCAGCCCCGGCGGCCCGGCAGUGAGGCUGCGGCCUCAGAGGUCUCCGUGUUGGACCUGGAGGCUUUCUUCACCCGCUGGACCCCCGACUCAGGAGCCCCGCCCACUGCUCCUCCCUCCUUCAGCACAGAAGAGCUGCUGGAGGAAGAGGAGGAGGAGGAGGAAGAGGUGGUCCUAGUAGGGGAAGACCACCAUCCCCCACGCAGGAGGAGAGGGUUCAGCCAGCGGAGCUCUAGAAUGCACACCAAUCACAGCCCUUCUCCAGGUAACUCGCUGUCUGCAUCGCCACGGUUACAGGCCCCACCCCCACAGCCCACCUGGAGCCGGGCGGCGGCCAUGAUGAGAACCACGCAGCCUCAGUCGCUGCAGCACAGGCGUCACGGCUACAGGGCCGCCCAUCGUGGUCUCCACGCCCCCCAGAACCCGCUAGCCACCACCGUUAACGCCAACGCCGGUCUGAGCGGUGUUGGCCAUCGCGCUGGAACACUGAUCCGCCGUUUGCAGAAUUUCCCCAGUUAUCCCCCAGCCGGUCACCCAGCAGGCGGCAGUGAAAGGAAGGCGCUGACCAGUGAUGGUUCGGGGCUGGGUGGUGUUAGCAUUGGGCUAGAUGGGGUCGGCAGGGGGCUUGAUAGUGUGAGCAUGGGGCUAGGUGGCGUUAGCUUAGGGCUAGGCGGGAUUGGCAUGGGCCUGGGUGGGGUUAGGGUGGGGCAAGAUAGUAUUAACAUGGGGCCUGGGAGUGUUGGCUCAAGGCUAGGCAGUGUUAACGCCGGGCUGGCCGAUGUAAGAGGGGGGCUAGGCAGUGUUAGCGGGGGGCUAGGUGGUGUUAGCGCUGGGCUAGGCGGUGUUAAUAUGGGGCUGUGUGGGGAUGGCACAGGGAUAGGGGAUGUUAGCGGGGGCCUCGACGGUAUUAGCUCCAGGCUAGGCGGGGGAAGCCGCAGGAGGAACUACGUGUGCCGGGCCUGUGGGAAGGCCUUCUCCGGGCUGUCCAACCUGGAGGCCCACCAACGGGUCCACACGGGGGAGAAGCCCUUCAGCUGCUCCACCUGCGGCAAGCGCUUCUCGGAGGCCGGCAACCUGAAGAAGCACCAGCGGGUCCACACCGGGGACAAGCCCUACAGCUGCCCCCGCUGUGGGAAGCGCUUCGCCUGGGUCUGCAGCCUCAGGACCCACCAGCAGACCGGAGCCGGCUGUGGGCUCCAGGGGGGCGGACCGGGGGGGCCGGAUCAGUGACCAGGUUCCGAGGACUAGCAGGACUUUCUGGCCUCAGUCCACGAGGGCUCUGAUGCUGAUUCGAGUCAUUUAGUCACUCCCACCCGUCAGGAUGUUUUAACCUCUGGAGAGGGGGAACCAACCAGGACCUUUACCGACGGUUACCUCUGAAAAGAGCCAGACACGCAAAUAUAACCUCAGGGACAACAGAGGCACUGCGACAUGAGUCAGACCUCAAACAUGGUCAGUACCUUCAAAGCACUUGAAGAGGGGGAUGCUUACUGUGAGGGGGUAUGGGUGGAGGAAAGUAGCUGUCCUGGUCGUUGAAACAUUUUGUUAUCAUCAGGAGACAUGCCUUGUGUGAGGCAUGUCUCACACAAUCUUUUGGGGAUUAUAAACCCAAAAUGUGUUGUAGAAUACAUUUGGUUCACAUUUUCACAGUUUUGCCUCAGAACCACAACUGUUCCAUAUUGACUCCUCCAAGUACUGCAGAGUGUCCGAUGAAAUAUUGUGAUGUACAAACCCUUUACAAUACCACUUUCUACUUUUCUAAAUACAUGAAUUCAGGGAAACCAAAGCAAACUAUUUUUUUAAAUGUCUUCAAAAUAAGUGCAGUGUAGGAGGGUGUUUUAAAUAGUUAUUUGUUAAAAUAAAAAGUAUUGACAAAUAAGGAUCUAAAUUUCCUUGGUAUUUUGGUUGAAAGUUGUAUAGGUCGGUGAUCGCUUCACGUGAAUACUGUAUGUCGUCAUAACACGCGCCACAACAUCAGGGAGACAAGUAACAACAUUGACAUGCAGACGCCGUGUUGACCUUUGGAUAGUACGACAACGUCACCAUAAUGGAGGCCCAGACUGGCCUGUUAACGAGUGAACUGCGGUUUUUUCCUGUACGAGAUGGUUAAGUUCUCAACCGAUUUCAAGGAGUCGUUUACAUUUAACAGUUUAUGAUCUACAUGGAGUAAUAAAACAUUGGGUAAAACAGCUAUUGGUAUGCGAAAAUGAUGUGCACGCACCUCUUCAGCCUGUUGAGACACACAGUCCUCCCGGAGCUUAGAACCGCGUCACUGCGACUAGACCCAGUCUCAUGACACCUUAGAUGACUGCAGUGUAUUUUGAGAACGUUUUGAUGCUUUUCACAGCUAACUAUCCAAAGCAACAGGGGCUUGAGCAGCCCUAUUUGCAGUCAGUUCAUGUAAUUUGUGUACAUUUUUGGGUGAAAAACUAUUUUGCCCCUGGUGUAUGCUUGAAGGACCAACAUAACAUUUUCAUAUACUGAAAAAAGUAACAACCAUCAGACUUGUGAAUGGUAUUUGAAUUCCAAAGCAUGUUGUGCUAUUGGUCGAUUCCAUGUAAAACUAGGGUUUGGCCAAAUAACUGCCCAGCCCUACAUUCAAAUAAAGUGUGUGGGGCACUUCUGAAGAUCUGCACGAGCUCGGAUGGAGAAGUUUAAACCAGGCUUUAUAGUUGUAGUCGGUCUGCCCAGUCGGUCUGAACAUUCACACCUUGUGGUCACGUAUCAUACCACCAGGUGCGAGUUUGAUUAGCCGGUACUAGCCGUUUUGAAAAUCGGCCUCUUCCGACAUCACAGGAGGGCAUGUCCACCUAGUUGUAUGACGGAUAUAUGAGCAACAUUUUCUACAGUCCACUGGGUAGGCUGGUAGACUGAUCUAUCCAGGGCACAUCUAGUUGGAUACGCCCGGUUGUGAUGCAGGCUCAUCACACUCACACCUGGUGGUCUAAUAUGGGACCUCUCAAGUCAUCCCGACCCUGAAGGACACGAGACCCAUGACCGUACUCUUGUGUCGCAGCCUCUCAGGUCCUACCAGGCCGCAGCACACCAGAGCUCCUGUGGUCAUGAGGACUUCAACCGGUUUAUUGAUAACCAUAUACUUUGAAACACUGAAAACAUGUCUGAAAGAACACUUGGAGGGCAAGCCGCUGCUGUGAACGUUCCCACACAGCUACUUGUUCAGUUCUACCUUACAUUGUCAAUGUAGUGGACAGAGACCGACAGCAUCACACCUCUCGAAUAUUUAGGGGUCUCACAAAAAUCACAAAGCUGUCGUGAAGGGCAUCGCAACUAAUGGAAUAGGACGGCCCUCCUGGGCGACCUAUCAGAAAGAGACCUCAACAAUAGUUGGCCUAUCAGAAAGAGACCUCAACACUGGUUGGCCUAUCAGAAAGAGACCUCAAUACUGGUUGGCCUAUCAGUAGGAGACCUCCACACUGGUUGAAGGCGAGUGACUCAGCAGCCCCGGAUGCCUAUCUGCUACAGUCUGAAUGCGAUCUGUAUUUACAUCUAGGUUGUUUUCUAUCAUCAUUGUUUGUUUAUGAAAUGUAUCUGUUAAAGUGAGUGUGUGACAACUCCAUUUGUAGGUGAAUGAUGCUGGUACUUAACCAGAAUUUGGUCAUGACUUUAAGCUGAACGAAUGCGGACUCGGUUUACUGAACAAAACUGAACGAUACCCACAUCUCAAAGAUGGUGCCAUGAAAUAAACACAUCAACGUAUGAACACAUGCUCUGCUAAAGCUCUAAAGGCUCCUCUCAGCUCUGGAGGUGGAGCUGAGAAGGUUUGAGGUCAAUGUGCUCCAGAAGGGUCACAGUUUCGUGGCCUCUGAGUGCAUCUCAGGAAUGAGACCAGAGGGGACGAAAGUCAAACGGAGGACCGGACGUUGUAGUGUGUCUCCAGGCCUGACCCAACAGGCGGGGUCCGGUUGGGGUUCAGGUCUGACUUUAACUACUGCUCGACAAAGCAAACGGCAACAAGGGUCUGGAAGAGAGAGCUACGUUCUCUUAUUCUGUAUACGACAAGACUCACUCUGGAGCGUAAUCAAUAAUAAAUAACUCAAACGUCUCAUGGACUCAUCAUCAACCUGUAUGGUUAAUCAUUUGAUUGAUCCUGCCAAGUAUCACCAUCUGCUACAAUGGGAGUUAACAGAACUUGGCGUUUGAUUUUAUACCAUUGAAUAAAAAAGUGCUUUGCUACACGGAUGAUAGUGUCCAAUAUCUGAGAGGUUGUCACUCAGCUGAUGAGAAACCGUUUGGUCACACUGGUGAUUCUACAGCUCAUCCAGCCGUGCGGUCACUCAAAGCAGAAAUGUACAUUUGUGGGAUUGUUAUGCCAUCUCUGUUCGUGCUCGUGACUUUGCAGCCAUGAUAGUGUUUGUACUAUUGGGGCCAGUAUUCAUUCAUAUUGAUAAAUCCUAUACAGUCUCGGUUUAUCUUGUAGUUGUUUUGCAUCCCAGAGGCAAGAUAGUGGAUUUCCGGUCCAAUCUGUGGCCAUAACUGCCAUGAACACCGCCGGUUAUGGAU